AACCAAGGGUGCUCUGGUAGCCCAGUAGCCGGAUAGAGAAGGAAGUGGGACUGGUUUGACAAAAUUUGACUGUGACAAGUUGGUGCUGGGUGUUCCCAUCUCCCCUCAGUACCCCCAGUGCUGUCCCCAGCUGCAGGGCAAGGAGAAGCCAACCCACACUCAGCACGGUGGGGAGAGGCGUGCGAGUGGCUCCUCAUGCCCUAGCUGGUGCUCCCUGUGCCGCACCAUGGAGCUGUGCCCCAGCAGGGUGGGACACCCCUCUGGCUGCCCAUGCUGAGCAGCGGUGGUGGACUGGCAUGAAGUUGAACAUGUCUGCAAGACCCCACCAUGCUGGCCCCGCUCCUGCACCAGCACCACUGGCACCCGUGUGGGCCCUGCCAAUGCCCCCUGUGCCCACAGCUCUCCCACCAGCACAACCAGAGCAGACCCCAACACACACCAGUGCUGGGUGGCACAGGGUGGGAUGGAACCCCAUGCCCAUGUUCCCAUGUGCCAGCAGCCCCCAGCACCCUGUCCUGCCCCACACAGGGGCCUCCCUGGUUUCUCAGGGGAUGUUUUUCCUCCUACCCCAGCCUCUCAGCAUGCCGGUAGCCACAAGGGCAGGACGUGCCGCCUAUCUGACAGGAGCAGUCUCUCUUGGCACUGCUGCUGGCGGCAGAGGGGCCGCAGCACGGUGGUUUUGGGCACGGGGAAGUGCCGGCGAUGGGGUGGGGGGAGCCUCCAGCCAGGCUUCCUGAGCUGCACAGCCACCACUUCCCAGAUAAAGGUAUCACCCGGAGGAGCUGCAGCAGCUCCUGGGGCGCUGGGAAGGGCCAAGCGCGGCCCCGGCACACGGGUUGCAGGAUGGCAGCCUGCCUGCGCCGGGGUUGGCUGCUCUCGGUGCUCCCCGCCAUCCUGCUCAGCCUGCGCAGCCUGCUGUCAGCCCCUGAGCCGGUGACAUCCCAAGAUGCUGCGCUGCUGGCAGGGGUGCCUGAGGACAUCCUCUGCUUCUCCCGCUCCUUCGAGGAUCUCACUUGCUUCUGGGAUGAGAAGGAAGCAGCGGCAAGCGGGAUGUGUCACUUCUACUACUGGUACAGCAGGGGUGUGCCCACAGCGUGCACAGUCUCCACGUGGCACCAUGGGACCGGCAGGACGCGGCACGUCUGUGUCUUCCCCAGACAGGAUGUGCGGCUCUUCACCCAGCUCCACCUCCGUGUCCUGGAUGCCACCACCAACCAGACCAAGUACUGGCGGGAGCUCAGUGUGGAUGCGGUGGGUCUCAUUGCCCCCCCAGCAAACAUCACGGCCCGCUGGGCCGGGGCCGCGGGGCAGCUCUACGUGUCGUGGCAGCCGCCACUCGCCGACUACCCGAACUUCUUCCUCUACGAGGUGCAGUGCUACCCUGCCAGCUCCGCAGAGAUGCCCUGCAGUGCCGCAUUGGACGCCGGUGGGCAGCACCCUGGGGACUCCUCCACCCAUCCAGCCAUCAGCACCCACACACCCAUGACUGGGGCAGCUGCAGCCUCCCCGGGAGCGGGUCAGGGGCUGGUCCAGGCCAACACCUGGGUGGUCCUCCGGGACCUAUGGCCAGGGGUGAGGUACCACAUCCAAGUGCGCAGCAAGCCCGACGGCACCUCCAUGGAUGGCGUCUGGGGGCCCUGGUCACAGGCAGUGGCUGCAGAGACACCCCACUCCUCCGGAGACAUCGGGCUGAGCUGCAACACCCCUGACCUGCGGCACAUGCGCUGUGAGUGGAGCUGGGACCCUGCAGAGCCCCACGGCUCCCACCAGCUCUUCUACCGGCCACCUCCAAGCAGGCCCAGCACAAGGGAAGACGCAUGGCACCAGUGCAAGGAGGUGAGUGUGGGGGCAGAGGGAACCCACACCUGCACCUUCCAGCCCAGGGCUGGCAGUGCCAUCUCCAUCCUGGUGAAUGUCACCCGGCCCCACACAUCACCCACGCUCAGCUACUUUAAGGAGCCCUUCUGGCUGCACCAGGCCGUGCUCACAGAUGCCCCACAGUUCGUGCAGGCGACAGUGUCGCAGGGCCAGCUGAGCCUGCAGUGGCUGCCACCCCUGGAGGCACUGGCAGAGCAGCUGGACUACCAGGUUCGCUAUGCUGUGGAGAACAGCCAUGACUGGAAGGUCCUGCAGGUCCCGCAGGCAGCCAGGAAAGAAGUCCUGGACGUACGGCCAGGUGUCCGCUACCAUGCCCAGGUGCGGGCUCAGCCCAGUGGGCCAUGGUACCAGGGCAGCUGGAGCGCCUGGUCCAAACCUGUCAUUGUUGAUGCCAUGGCCGAUGCAGGUAAGGGACGGGACAGGAGCGAUGGCUGCUGCCACAGGAGCAACACAGCCGAGGGCAGGAGCCUGGGAUCCCAGCAUCUCUCCUCCGAUGCAGGCUGGAUCAUCCCGAGUGUUACGGUGGUGCCGCUGCUCUUCACAGGAGUGCUCCUGGGGCUGCGGUGCACCUUCCCCUCCCUGUACAGCAACAUGAAGCAGAAGCUCUGGCCCCCCGUCCCCGACCUGCACCGCGCAUUGGGCAGCUUCCUCCACGAGAGCGGCAAGCACGGCCAGGCCAGCGCCUUCUACAAGCAGCCGCCGGAGGAGGCCGUCCUGCCCUGCCUGCUGGAGGUGCUGCCCGGCCCGCGCGGGGGAGCGGCCGCGCCGCCGCUGCCGGAGCCCGCUGCUGGCCGGCUGCCCAGCACCGACAUCGCCAACCAGUCCUACCUGCUCAUGAGCGGCUGGGAGCCGCGCGGGCCGCCCUGACCCGUGCUCCCCGCCCCGACAUAAACGAGACGCGCAACCA